CUCUUUGGCAUUUUCCCAUACCAAAACUGUGACGAUUUUGUCUCUUGACCCCUCACCCCACCCCCAAAUGUAAAAUAUUCAUUUUCUUUGAGACCUAUAGCUUUCGAAUUCACCGAAUCUCCCGAACAUUCCCAGCAACAACCUCCCUCAAAGCACCAAAACCAACCCAACCACAGACUUCAUUUUGACACCACUUCAAGACAAACCAUGGGCAAACCCAAGAUCCUCUGCCUCCACGGAGGCGGCACCAACCCGGACAUCCAUCAGUUCCAGUCCCGCAAGCUCAACAUUCUCAUCGACAGGAAAUACGACCUCGUCACUCCCAAGGGCAUCAUCGACUGUGGCGCCGGCCCGGGCAUGCUCCCCUUCUUCGAGGGCUCCGAUUUCGCACAGUGGAUUUGGGACGGCAAGGGCAACGAGGAGUGGAAUAACAACCACGAGGUCGAGCACGAGGAGUGGGCCGACCUGCCCAAGCUGGUCGACAUCUACCACAAGCAGGGCCCCUUUGUCGGCAUCAUCGCCUUCUCACAGGGGGCCAAAGUCGGCAUGCACCUGGUCAAGUGGCUGCAGGAGAACGAGCCCGACGAUGCGCUCAAGUUCUUCGUCCUGAUUUGCUGCACGUCGCCGUUCCGAGGCAAGAGGCAGCCCGGCGAGCCUGGUGUGCCGGCCGCGGAGAGCAUCACGAUCCCGAGCCUGCACCUGAUCGCGGAGAAGGAUGAGUGGCAUAAUCAGGGCGAGAUCAUUGUCAAGUGCUUUAAGGACCCGGUGGUCAUUCGCUCGCAGGAGGGGCACCAUAUGCCAAUGGAUAAUGGAUUGAACAAGAAAAUUGUCGAAUUCGUGAACCAGCGCGCGGCAGCUUGACUGAUGGUGGCUGCGACGCCAGGUGGGAGACGAGUUGAAAACAAUGUCAGAAAUUUACAAUUUGGAAUC